UUGAUCAAGCAUUCUUAAUAAUUGUGAAGAUAUUAUUGUAUCAGCCUGCAAUAUGCAGCAAAAAGCUUGCAUUCUUCUAAUCUUAUGGCUUCCAUUUAGCUUUUCCAUAUCAAAACAGACCAUCAACAACAGCACAAUCGCGCUACCCGGCUGCCCCACCAAGUGUGGGAAUGUAUCCGUUCCAUACCCAUUUGGUAUUGGUUUAGAUGCUGGAUGUUCCAUAGGCCCAUGGUAUGACAUCAACUGUUCUAAAUCUUUUAACCCUCCAAAACCCUUCCUCAGCAGAACUAAUGGAGAGAUUAUCGACAUAUCAGAAACCAAAAUCCGUCUCAAAACCAAUGCGAUAGCUUACAGAUGCUACAAUCAGACUGGUGGUAUAACUCGUGAAUUUCAAACCGUAUAUGGUAUAAGUGAAACCUCGCCUUUCAGUUUUUCAAACGAAAAUAAGUUCAUAGUUGUGGGAUGUGAUGAUGUUUCCUAUAUGGCAAAAGUGGCAACUGAUAACUUAAUCAGUUCAUAUGACUUAAUCAGUUCAUGUGCUGCCAUAUGUUCAAAGAGCAGUGACUUGAGUGAUGGAUCUUGUUCUGGAAUUGGCUGUUGCCAAAACUCCAUUCCCAAGGGCGUAAAGAAUUACACUACUUUCCUGAACAGCUAUGGAAAUCACACGAACGUCUCGUCCUUCAACCACUGUGGCUAUUCCUUUCUUGGAGAACAGGGCAGAUAUACGUUUCACCCAUCUGAUGUCUCUGAUUCCAAUUUUGAACACAGAAUUGUAGAAACUGUUCCGAUGAUAUUUGACUGGGUGAUUGGGAAUCAAACAUGUGCUGAAGCUCAGAAAUCCAGUCUAUUUGCUUGUCAGGAAAAUAGCAUCUGUGUUGAUUCUGAUACUGGUCUUGGAGGAUAUCACUGCAACUGCUCCAAGGGAUACAAGGGAAAUCCAUAUCUCAGACCAGGUUGCCAAGACAUCAAUGAAUGUGAGAACAAUCCAUGUCAUCCAUAUGGAAUCUGCACUAAUACUCCAGGUGGUUAUAAGUGCUCUUGCCAGCAUGGUUAUUUUGGUGAUGGCAGCAAAUUUGGUUCUGGUUGCAUUGGCCAGCGUUCAAAUAAAGCAUCAGUGCUCACAGGUUUAAGCACGAGCAUCGGAUUGUUAUUACUGCUAACAGUUACCUAUUGGCUAUACAAAGUAGUGAAGAAGAGGAGGAAAUGCAAUCGUAAACAAAAAUAUUUCAAACGAAAUGGUGGUCUUUUAUUACAGCAACAAAUAUCUACUAAAGAAGGCCACGUAGAAAAAACAAGACUUUUCACAGACAAGGAGUUGUCGAAGGCAACCGAUCAGUUCAAUGAAAGUAGAAUACUUGGACAAGGAGGUCAAGGUACAGUUUAUAAGGGCAUGUUAUCUGAUGGGAGAACUGUUGCAGUAAAGAAGUCCAAGUUAGUAGGUGAAAAUCGACUGGAUGAGUUUAUAAAUGAGGUCGUAAUCCUUUCUCAAAUUAACCACAGAAAUGUUGUUGCGCUACUUGGAUGUUGUUUGGAGACAGAAGUUCCUUUGUUGGUUUACGAGUUUAUUGCUAAUAGAACCCUCUUCGAUCACAUCCAUGACCCGAGUGCUGAGUUUCCUAUGACAUGGGAUAUGCGCCUAAAAAUUGCAGCAGAGGUAGCAGGAGCUCUCGCUUAUCUACAUUAUUCAACUUCCACACCCAUUUAUCACAGGGACAUCAAGUCGAGCAAUAUCCUUCUAGAUGAAAACUAUAGACCCAAAGUGUCAGAUUUUGGAAUUUCAAGGUCUAUCGCAGUAGAUAAAACUCACUUCACCACCUUAGUUAAGGGGACCUUUGGCUAUCUAGAUCCAGAAUACUUCCGAUCAAGCCAAUUUACCGAUAAGAGUGAUGUCUAUAGCUUUGGUGUUGUUCUUAUUGAGCUCUUAUCAGGACAGAAACCAAUAAUUUCAAGUGAUACAGAAGAUGAAAGAAGUUUAGCUGCGCGUUUUCUUAUGUCUAUGGAACAAAACUGCCUUCAUAAAUUUUUUGACCCUAUAAUUUUAGAGCAUGAAAAAGAUGAAGACAUUAUUGCUGUUGCUACUUUAGCAUAUAGAUGCUUGAAUUUGAAUGGGAAGAAAAGGCCAACAAUGAAAGAAGUCAGCAUGGAAUUGGAGAAUAUUAGGCUAUCUAAGGGGCAAGCGACUGUCCAAAGUAAUACGCAAGUAAUCAGCACUGAAGUGGGAUCAGUAUCGCUAUCAGACCUCAACUCCACAUGGACAUCUAGUGAUGGUGAGAGCACUGUACCAUCAGAAACCAAUCCCUUUCUACAUUACACUGUUUGAUGGAACUAGCAUGCAUGUUUUAUGUUCUUGCAAUUAGGACUAAAUCAAAGUUGGUUUUAUUGAAAAACAGUAAUAAAGUAUAUUUUUGUAACUUUUCUGUAGCAGUCAGAUACAGUAAUUCAAAAUUUGUUCCCAGAUGGAGGGAAUAAAGAAUGGGAGGAAAAACUGAGGCACACAAAUAUGGGCAUUGGGACCUUUAGGAUUAGUCUCUGCCCAGAUUUUUCUUUAUUCAAAUGUUAAGGUUCUUAGAUUACAUUUUGGAAAGUGAUUCGAACAUGUGUUAAGAAUCCUAAAUAAAUUUCUUA